UCCCAUUUUCGCAUCCCAGUGCCACAACCCAGGGAAGCACCCCGGUUCCACAUCCCGGUUCCACAUCCUGGUACCACAUCCCAGUGCCGCAUCCCGGUGCCGUAUCAAGGUGCCAGUCCUGGUGUCGUAUCGCAGUGCCGUUUCCCGGUUCCACAUCCUGGUGCCGCAUCCCGGUGCCGUAGUUGCCAAGGUGUCAGUCCCAGUACUGCAUCCCAGUGCCGCAUCCCAGUGCCCUGUCCCGGUUCCACAUCCCAGUGCCGGUUCUGGUUCCGUAUCCCUGUGCCCCAUCCCGGUGCCGUAUCCUGGUGUCAGUCCCAUUGCCUCAUCCCGGUUCUGCAUCCCGGUUCUGGUUCCCGGUACCACAUCCCGCUGCCGUAUCUCAGUGCCGUGUCCCGGUUUCGCAUCCCACUGCCUCAUCCCGGUGCCACAACCCAGUGAAGUAUCCCGGUGCCGCAUCCCGGUGCCGUUUCCCAGUGCCCCAUCCCGGUGCCAUAUCCCGGUGCCGGUCCCGGUUCCACAUCCCGGUUCCACAUCCUGGUGCCGUAUCCCGGUGCCAGUCCCAGUGCCACAUCCCGGUUCCACAUCCCAGUGCCCCAUCCUGCUUCCCCAUUCCUGUGCCCCAUCCCGGUGCCGUAUCCAAGUGUCGGUCCCGGUUCUGCAUCCCUGGUUCCACAUCCCGGUGCCAUUUCCCGGUGCCGUAUCAAGGUGCCGGUCCCGGUUCCUCAUCCCGGUGCUACAUCCUGGUGUCGGUCCCAGUGCCACAAACCGGUUCCACAUCCCGGUGCCACUUCCAAUGCUGCAUCGCAGUGCCCCAUCCUGGUGCCGUUUCCCGGUGCCGCAUCCUGGUACCGUUUCCAGGUUCCACAUCCCAGUGCCAUAUCAAGGUGUCGGUCCCGGUGCCACAAACCGGUACCACAUCCCGGUGCCGUAUCCCGGUACCACAUCCCAGUGCCGCAUCCCAGUGCCAUAUCCCGGUACCACAUCCUGGAGCCGCAUCCUGGUACCACAUCCCGGUGCCACGUCCCAGUUUCGCAUCCCGGUGCCACAACCCAGGGAAGUAUCCCGGUUCCACAUCCCGGUUCCACAUCCUGGUACCACAGCCCGGUGCCGCAUCCCGGUGCCGUAGUUGCCAAGGUGUCAGUCCCAGUACUGUAUCCCAGUGCCGCAUCCCAGUGCCCUGUCCCGGUUCCGCAUCCCAGUGCCAGUUAUGGUGCCGUAUCCCUGUGCCCCAUCCCGGUGCCGUAUCCUGGUGUCAGUCCCAUUGCCUCAUCCCGGUUCUGCAUCCCGGUGCUGUUUCCCGGUACCACAUCCCGCUGCCGUAUCUCGGUGCUGCAUCCUGGUUUCGCAUCCCACUGCCUCAUCCCGGUGCCACAACCCAGUGAAGUAUCCUGGUGCCGCAUCCCGGUGCCGUUUCCCAGUGCCCCAUACUGGUGCCGUAUCCCGGUGCCGGUCCCAGUGCCACAUCCUGCAUCCCAGAUCCACAUCCCGGUGCUGUAUCCCCGUGCCAGUCCCGGUUCUGCAUCCUGGUGCUGGUUCCGGUGCCACAUCCCGGUUCCACAUCCCGGUGCCAGUCUCGGUUCCACAUCCUGGUGCCAUAUCCCAGUGCCCCAUCCCGGUGCCAUAUCCUGGUGUCGGUCCCGGUGCCACAAACCGGUUCCACAUCCCAGGGCUGGUCCCGGUGCCGUAUCCUGGGCUGUAUCCCCGUGCCAGUCCCGGUUCCACAUCCCAGUGCCCCAUCCCUCUUCCCCAUUCCUGUGCCCCAUCCCGGUGCCGUAUCCAAGUGUCGGUCCCGGUUCUGCAUCCCUGGUUCCACAUCCCGGUGCCGUUUCCCAGUGCCGUAUCAAGGUGUCAGUCCCGGUUCCUCAUCCUGGUGCCAUAUCCUGGUGUCGGUCCCGGUGCCACAAACCGGUUCCGCAUCCCGGUGCCACUUCCAAUGCUGCAUCGCAGUGCCCCAUCCCGGUGCCGUUUCCCAGUUCUGCAUCCCGGUGCCGUUUCCUGGUGCCCCAUCCCAGUGCCGUAUCAAGGUGUCGGUCCCGGUGCCACAAACCGGUACCACAUCCCGGUGCCGCAUCCCAGUGCCAUAUCCCGGUACCACAUCCUGGAGCCGCAUCCCGGUUCCACAUCCCAGUGCCACGUCCCAGUUUUGCAUCCCGGUGCCACAACCCAGGGAAGUAUCCCAGUUCCACAUCCUGGUUCCACAUCCUGGUACCACAUCCCGGUGCCGCAUCCCGGUGCCGUAUCAAGGUGCCGGUCCUGGUGCCGUAUCGCAGUGCCAUUUCCUGGUUCCACAUCCCGGUGCCGUAGACACCAAGGUGUCAGUCCCAGUACUGCAUCCCAGCGCCGCAUCCCAGUGCCCUGUCCCGGUUCCGCAUCCCAGUGCCAGUUAUGGUGCCGUAUCCCUGUGCCCCAUCCCGGUGCCGUAUCCUGGUGUCAGUCCCAUUGCCUCAUCCCGGUUCUGCAUCCCGGUGCUGUUUCCCGGUACCACAUCCCGCUGCCGUAUCUCGGUGCUGCAUCCUGGUUUCGCAUCCCACUGCCUCAUCCCGGUGCCACAACCCAGUGAAGUAUCCCGGUGCCGCAUCCCGGUGCCGUUUCCCGGUGCCCCAUACUGGUGCCAUAUCCCGGUGUCGGUCCCGGUUCCACAUCCCGAUUCCACAUCCUGGUGCCGUAUCCCGGUGCCACAUCCCGGUUCCACAUCCAGGUGCCCCAUCCCUCUUCCCCAUUCCUGUGCCCCAUCCCGGUGCCGUAUCCAAGUGUCGGUCCCGGUUCUGCAUCCCUGGUUCCACAUCCCGGUGCCGUUUCCCGGUGCCGUAUCAAGGUGCCGGUCCCGGUUCCUCAUCCUGGUGCCAUAUCCUGGUGUUGGUCCCAGUGCCACAAACCGGUUCCGCAUCCCGGUGCCACUUCCAAUGCUGCAUCGCAGUGCCCCAUCCUGGUGCUGUUUCCCGGUGCUGCAUCCCAGUACCGUUUCCAGGUUCCACAUCCCGGUUCCACAUCCCAGUGCUGCAUCCCGGUGCCGUUUCCCGAUGCUGUUUCCUGGUGCCGUAUCAAGGUGCCAGUCCUGGUGUCGUAUCGCAGUGCCGUUUCCCAGUUCCACAUCCCGGUUCCACAUCCCGGUGCUGUAGGUGCCAAGGUGUCAGUCCCAGUACUGCAUCCCAGUGCCGCAUCCCAGUGCCCUGUCCCGUUUCCACAUCCCAGUGCCGGUUCUGAUGCCGUAUCCCUGUGCCCCAUCCCGGUGCCGUAUCCUGGUGUCAGUCCCAUUGCCUCAUCCCGGUUCUGCGUAUCUGUAUCCCGGUACCACGUCCCAGUUUCGCAUCCCGGUGCCACAACCCAGGGAAGUAUCCCGGUGCCACAUCCCGGUGCCGUUUCCCAGUGCCCCAUACUGGUGCCGCAUCCCGGUGCCGGUCCCGGUUCCACAUCCCGGUUCCACAUCCCGGUGCCGUAUCAAGGUGCCGGUCCCAGUGCCACAUCCUGCAUCCCAGAUCCACAUCCCAGUGCUGCAUCCCAGUGCCAGUCCCGGUUCUGCAUCCUGGUGCUGGUUCCGGUGCCACAUCCCGGUGCCACAUCCCGGUGCCACAUCCCAGUGCCACAUCCCCGUGCCAGUCUCAGUUCCACCUCCUGGUGCCAUAUCCCGGUGCCGCAUCCCGGUACUGUAUCCAGGUGCUGCAUCCCGCUUCCCCAUUCCUGUGCCCCAUCCCGGUGCCGUAUCUAAGUGUCUGUCCUGGUUCUGCAUCCCUGCUUCCACAUCCCGGUGCCGUUUCCCGGUGCCGUAUCAAGGUGCCGGUCCCAGUUCCUCAUCCCGGUGCCACAUCCUGGUGCCAUAUCCCGGUGCCACAUCCCGAUGCUGUUUCCCGUUGCCGUAUCAAGGUGCCGGUCCCGGUUCCUCAUCCCGGUGCCAUAUCCUGGUGUCAGUCCCAGUGCCACAAACCGGUUCCACAUCCCGGUGCCACUUCCAAUGCCGCAUCGCAGUGCCCCAUCCCGGUGCUGUUUCCCGGUGCUGCAUCCUGGUACCGUUUCCCAGUUCCACAUCCCGGUGCCGUAUCAAG